CGAUGGAGGGAAUGGUUUUAUAAGACGGUAUCAUUCCCGUUUUAAAACUUCUUUUCCCUCAUCAAAUCCCAGCCUCAGCGUUUUGCCCUUCCACUUCUACUAUCUGUAGAGAAGACUUUUUACAUGGUGGUUAUGGAUUUCGACACAGCCUGGUGUCCCGUCUGCGAUAGACAAAUAACUCCCAAACGUAUCACACAGCUAGUAACAACAGAUCAGCGACCGGCUACAGGAACCAUUGGUUCUGGUGAGCAGCGAAAUGUUCAAAAUCGUCUAGUAACAAAGACAAAGACAGUUAUCGACCAAGGUCCUUACCCUUUGUACUGUUCCGACGAAUGCAAAAUGGCAGACAUGCUACACCAACAUGAAGAUGUCUACGCGCCACCAACGUAUCCCCUCUAUCAUUCAUCUACGCGCUCCCAUCACAGUAAAUCCGAACACGCUCAGGGAUCUCCACCAUCGGACAUUGAGUCCGAUUGCUUGUCCACAACAACAACGGACAUUUCGUAUUCUUCGCCGACUUCUGAAAGUUCCGCUUUACCCGCAAGUACUCCCAUUACUUGCCACCCGAAACAGCGUUCAUCCUCAUUCCUAACCGGCGGCUCAUCUCGCUCUGGUCCUCGUUAUGUCCCCUGCUCUUUACCGACCACAUCUACGCUUUCAAGUACUUUUAGUGAUUAUGAGGGCAAAUCGACACCACCUACUCAGGACGAUUUUCUCCUCUCUCAGUUUCAUGGCUCAUUUUCUCGACGCAGCGAGUCCAGAGUUUCUAUGUAUUCGAGCCCUUCGUCUCCAGGCUCACACUCUCCACCUUCUCUCUCGGCUUUGAGUAUCAGCCCUAGACGUGAAAGGCCAAUAUUGCCUCAUGCAGCUCAGGGUAAAUUGCUGGUACCUGAGGUCUAUGUUCGGGUACCAACAAGGCCCUCCACUUCCCGCCGGGAAUCGUCCUCGUCAUUGGCGUCAUUAGCUUCUAUUUCUUCUGCCCCAGGAAGUUUUACGACAAGGAACAGAACAGGAAGUAUGGCAUCUAUCGGCAGUUCCCGUGCCAGUCUCAAAAGUCCCUUAGCCCGAUAUGGAGGCGAAUUCGGCGAUGAUGAGAAAGAUCAAUGCGAUCUCAGCGAGGAGGACGAAUCCGCAUGCGAUGAUGAUGAUGCUCCAUUAAGCCCUGGGCUAAGUGGGUUCGGUUUCGCCUCGAGCCCGAAAAGGCCCAUGAUGAGCGACAUGCGCGCUUGGUCUUUUGAUGCCUACUCAAAGCCUUCAUCGGGCAGUGCUUUCUCCACUGUACGCGAACCUCGCAGGGAGAGGAGGAAAAAUGCAAAGAAAGUAGAAGACAGACAACGUUAUAAUCCUGAUGGUAAAAAACUAUUCCUGUUUCCUACGGAUUAGCUUGGUUAGCACCUCUCCUUUUUUGCGGCACAUCUACCAG